CAUAGGCUACACUUUUUAUUCACUGGAUUUGCUCAUGUGAUAUGCACGAGUUUCCUUUUAGUAAUUAUUAGGGCCGUCGUGCGCCCGCGGACACCAUUCAAUUGAAUGCAAAUGCCUAUAAAAACAUUCUUGAAUAUUUAUCUGCUAUUUUUCAUUUGUAGAUUGAUUCUUUAUUUUCAAUGUCAGCAUUAAACUAUUAAGUUAUUUAUUUUCCUUUGAGUAGUAUUUCAGAGGAGAACUUAGCAUGUUCUUCAAGGAAUGUUGCCUUCAAAUUACUGGCGCUAUAUGAAGUUUUUGAGACCUUACAACUGAAAGGAAGUUUUAGAUCCAAAGAUAAGUCCAAGGGGGAGCAUGUGUUCGUACAUUCCAGAGCUAGAGAAAGGCAUACUGAAAUCAGAAAAGCAGCGAAGGCUCGUCACCUGAAAUCUUAAAACUAAGGUAUCCAGUUUUUUAAGUCACUUUCCAUGGAAUGCUGAUUCCUGUAAAGGAAGAUGAGUAUGAAAAAAAUGCACAAGUUGGCCAAUAUGGUUCUUUAAUCAAUCAAGUUUUCUAGCGAACUGGACUAUAUUGUAACAGUCAGGCUGGUAGCUUUGACAAAGCUCAUGCGACGAAGCUUUUGGGCGAGGAAUACUACCUUAAAUAUAUGCCCAAGUCUUCAAGUCAGGAACCUUCCUUUGUGGGUUCCAAUACACAUAAUGAUUGGAACACUAAAAGGACUGAUGAAUGGCCAUCAAAGCAUAAUCAAGCUGGAAGAGGUGCAAAGAGACAGUCCAGCUCCAGGAUGCCAAAAGUUGGUUGUAAUGACUAUAGCUCAAACUCUUCCUCGUCAAACAAGACUGUGUUUUGCGCCCGAAAAGAGGAUGACAAUACUAAAGGGGAGGCUGCCGGUUGGCCCAGAUGGGAAACAGUCAGUAAUCAGAAUUGUGAGAAAUACUCCAGGUCUAGUGAUCCUCAUGUGGAUGAUUCUGCCAUGGCAUGCAAAAAAGGUUGGAAUGAGUCUAAAUAUGACAAUGCAAAGAGGGUAACUGGCGAAGGCGAUGAUGGCAUUCAUCAUGAUGGUCUUGAUGGAUGGAGGCAGUCCAACCCCAACAUUCACAUGGUGGAAAAAGGCAGACCAGCGGAUGGCAAUGGAAAGCAAGAAACCAGCCAUCAAAACAGAAAAGGUCGCUUGAAUCAAUCUGAGGAAUGGACCAAAUCAGAAGAUGGCUCUCCUAGAGCAUGCAAAAAAGGUUGGAAUGAAUCUAGAGAUGGAAAACAAAAGAGGGAAGAUGGUGGUGAUGCCUUUGAUCAUGAUGGUUGUGAUGGAUGGAAGCAAUCCAGCUCUAACAUUCACAUAGUCGACGAAGGCAGUUUGAGCAAGUCUACUUCCUGGGAUCAAGUAAAUGAUGAAAAUUUGAAGCAAGAUAUUGAUGAAUGGGGUAGGUGGCCUGGAGCCAUUUCCAAGACAACUCGGCAUUACACCAGCCAUACGAACAGAAAAGGUUGCUGGAAUCAAUCCAAGGGAUGGACCAAAUCAGAAGAUGGCUCUACCAUGGCAUGUAGAAGUGGUUGGAAUGCAGCUGGAGAUGGAAAAGAAACGAGGGAAAUCACUGAUGGGUAUGAUGCUCGUGAUGGAUGGAGGCAAUCCAGCUCUAGCAUUCACAUGGCUGACAAAGGCAGUUUGAGCAACUCUGCGGCCUGGGACCGAGCAAAAGAUGAUAAUGAGAAGAAAGAGAACGGGGGAUGGACUAGAUGGCCAGGAGCAAUGUCUAAGACAAUCCAACAAUUUCCCAGGCAAUCCUGGGGAUGGACCUCAUCAGAUGAUGGGAAAUCGCAUAAGAAAACUGAUGGCUGGAAUCAAGAUCUUGUUCAAAAUGGUGAUCCAUGGAUACAUCGCGGCUCUAUGAUGGCGCGAAAAUGUGAUUGGAACAAAUCGGUAACUGGAUCAAUGGGUGAUAGUCUUGACAUAGAACAGAAGAAAUGGGAUCCUGGUUUAGAUCAAACUGGUGGUGAUCCAUGGAAGCAGAUCAGUCCCACUGUACCACCUAAAACAUGUAGGAAAAAAUUUAUUAGUGCAACUGUUGCUGGAGGUGAAAAUUCCAUUAUAAGGAAAAGCAAAUGGAGUGGUGCUCCUGAUUUUAGUAAUCCCGAUGCAUUGAAGCAGCACAGAUCCAGAUGGUGUGCAGCUAUGGCUGAAACAAGUGAGCAAUGUACCAGCAGUCAAAAUGUAAAAGGCUGCUGGAACCAAUCCUGGGGAAGAAUUGCAUCAGAGUUUGGUGAUUCCCUGAUGGAGAAUAAUAGCAGGAUUACAGAUCCAGAUCAAAGUGAUGAUCCAAAAUGUGAUUGGAACAAAUCUGCAAGUUGGACCGAAUCAAGGGUUGAUCGUUUUGACACAAAACACAAGAGAUGGGGUCCAGUUUUUGAUCAAACUUGUCGUGAUCCAUGGGAACAACAUAGCCCCCCUGAAUUACCAAGCUUUUGUCGGAGGAAAUCAGGAAGUUUGACUUUGGAUGAAGGUAAAAAUUCCUUUAGAAAGAGUAACAAAUUCAGUGCAACUACUGAUUUUGGUGAUCGUGAAACACUGAAGCAGUUACCAAAAAUUGGUGGCGAAAGUCUACUAUUCAGGGGAAGAAGCAGAGCUCCUUACCAUGCCUGGGAACAUGAAAAUUAUCAAUCAAAUGAUACCUAUAAAAAAGGAGCAGAAGGUGUUUCUGCAUAUUUUGGAGACUCUUCGUCAGGGAGAAGCCAAGGGAGUAGUCAAGUCAGAAACCAGAUUCGCGUUGCUGUUCUAAAACAUCCAGAGAGAGGUACAGACGAAUUUUUGGGCAGGAAGAAAGCUCGAUGCUUAGGACAUGACAGUAAGGCAAGUUUUGAAGGUCCAUCGAAACAAAGAGAUCAUGUUCAUGAUACAGAGUCUUGGAGACAGGGGAGUCCCAAUGAUGGAACAGAGAAAAAUAAACUGUUUCUUAGGCAGAGAUGCAGCGAUCAGGAUCCUUUAAAAGAUCGAGGUUUCCCUGCGAAAGAAGAAUCCAAGGAGAUCUGCUGUGACAGAAGAGAUUCUGAUCCAUGUUUUCAUUCUUUACAGCCAUUUUCUAGCACUGUUUGUGUGAGCUCUUCUGAUCCUGCUUUCAUUCAGGCUAACGUAGACCCUUCAUCCCUAAACCUCUGCAGUGGGUUUUCACCAGCAAUCAUCGGACAAAAAUCUUCUCCAACUCCUGAAGAACUUAAAACAAGUUCAAAGAAACUUGAACCAGUACCAAUAACUCUUGCACCAAGUGAGAAAAUCCUGAACUCCAAUACUCAUUCUAUAAAAGAGGAGGCAAAGCAGAUCGACGGAUUUGGCAAUCUUUCUAGAAGUUCUGUUCAAACAAUGAAUCUUCCUGAACCUGUGGAUGUUCAAGGUAAUGGGGGUAAUAACAGUAGCAAAUAUGAGAAAGAGGAGGUCGGAGCUAAUGGGGAGGUCAAGGCUGCCAUGGAUGAUAAAGGAAUUAGAAUGUUCAAGAUUGCACUAGCAGAGUUUGUGAAGGAGGUAAUUAAGCCCGUUUGGAAAGAAGGUCGUUUGAGCAAAGCAGCUCACAAUACUGUGGUGAAGAAAGUGGUAGACAAAGUUGUUGGCGUUCAGGGCACUAAUAUUCCUGAGACUCAAGAAAGGAUUGAUAUAUUUUUGUCUUGUGCUAAGGGAAAGCUUCACAAACUUGUGCAGGUGAAUGUAGUAGCUGUUCUUAUUUCUGUUAGAUUUAGGAUUAUCUAG